UGUCAUUUGAAGUGCAAGUAGCUUUGUAAGAGAAGUUGUACGUUUGAGGUCAUAUGGAUAACCAAGGUUGCUGUAUAAGUAUCUAUGGCCAUACCGGACAUACUGGGAUGUUCAUAGCGGUUUAAUUGACUCUUCCGUGAAGUAAAAAUAAAUCAGAAUGGAAUCCAUACCCCAUCUAUUCGUGGCCGCCAUCGACCUCGGGACCACGUAUUCUGGAGUCGGGUUUUCUUCCAGAAAUUCCUUCACUAAAGACCCUACAAACGUCUCGCUGAAGAGCUGGCAUGGUACUAUGGUAACAAGUAAGGCCCCCACUGCCGUGUUAUUUCAUCAUCAAAAGUUUUCUAGCUUUGGUUAUGAAGCUGAGGAGAAAUACACCGAACUUCUGCUGGAUGGUGAAGCUGAAGGCUGGAACUUCUUCACCAAAUUUAAAAUGACCCUCUACGAACAACAAACUUCAUUGGACGCUUUGGAGCUGGAAUCUGAAAAUGGUAAUAAGAUGUCAGCUUUAACAGUUUUCUCUGCAGCCAUAAGAUAUUUGUGGGAGCAGAUAAUGAACGAAAUCGUCAAACAAGUUUCCUAUGUAACCCGUGAAGACAUAAAGUGGGUGAUCACUGUACCCGCCAUAUGGACUCAGCCUGCAAAAUCAUUCAUGAGAAAAGCGGCUUUUAUAGCAGGUUUGGACUCCAAGAUGCUCACAAUAGCACUUGAACCGGAAGUAGCGGCCAUAUUCCUCAAACACUUGCCGUUAGAAAAAAAGAUGUUUGGGGAAAUUGGAGACACAUUCAGGGCUUUUUCACCCGGAUCAAAGUAUAUCAUUGUUGACGUAGGAGGAGGGACAAUGGAUAUAACAACCCACGAGGUUCUUGAAGAUGGGAGUGUUAAAGAGUUGAUACAAUCAUCCGGAGGAGAUUGGGGAGGAACCAACGUUGACGACAACAUCAUGGAAUUUUUUGAGGACCUUCUGGGAAGUAAGACCAUGUCGACACUGAGAACUGACCAUCAGCUGGACUUUCUAGAACUUAAACGCAACAUUGAAACAGCCAAAUUAAGUAUAAGCACUCAAUACAAGAGGAAAAUGACUAUCAUCAUUCCAGCUGUUCUUCGCGAUUUGUUCAAGAAACAUCACGAUGGGAUGGAAUUGACAUCUGUGAAAAGCGCUAAACUUAGAGAAGGAAAAACAGUAGACAUAUCAUUGAGCAGUGGUAAACUGAAAUUAGAUUAUGAAAUUGCUUGCUCUUUCUUUGAGAGUGUAAUAAAUUCCAUAUGUAGCCAUUUAAAGCAUAUUUUCCAGCAGUGCUCAGAAUUCCGUGUUGACAUUAUGAUUAUGGUUGGUGGUUUCGCCAAUUCGUCUAUUUUAAGUCGGGGAGUUCUAAAUGAAUUUCCAGAUAAAUAUGUGAUUGUUCCUGAGCAUGCUGGUUGGUCGGUACUGAAGGGAGCAGUUAUUUUCGGUCAUGAUCCGCAGCUGAUCAAAGAAAGGCGAAGCAGAUACACGUAUGGUGUGAAAUGUAAACAACUAUUCAAAGAUUCCAUACAUGAUCCUGCAAAACGAUUGGAGGAAAAUGGCAAGGUAUUCUGUCGGGAUCUUUUUAGCAAGCAUGUCAAAAUUAAUGAGCUCAUCACUGUAGGAGAAUAUCAGACGAAGAAAAAGUAUCGCAUUUCUCAAGACGCAACGUCAAAACUAGAAUUAUAUGCUUCGCGAGAUCCUGAUCCAAAAUACGUUUCGGAUGAAGGUUGCUUCAAGAUUGGAGAGCUGAAAUUAAGUAGUCCAGACUUAGAAGUCGGAAGUAAAUCUUGUGUUCAAUUGUCCUUCAGUCAAACUGAAAUCGAGGCUAAAAUGGUCCAUUUAAAAACAGGUGAAACUACUGUAUUGUACCUCGAGACAAAUUUCUGAGGAACUGAAUUUUAAUUUAUGCAGAGAAAUUCCACGUAUCGGUUAUCUCCAUCAAGCGCCGAUUUUAGCAUUAACCAGCGUGCAAGUUUUUUAAAAUUAAUUUCUGUGGAAUUUUCUAAAUUAUCUACCAUUAUUUAAUGCAACCUGUUUAUAGUGAUCAGCGGUCAAUCCGGUAUUCAGUCACAUUUCCGUCAAUCACAAACAUGCAUCAGGUGUUCUAUGUCACGGGUAUCUAUAGCCAUUAAUGGUAAAUAAAUAAAAAAGAAAUAUCAGCUGUUAAAAAACUACAAAUGCAUGAGAGGUGAAAAUAACGAACAGUGGUCAAUCUCAUAGCUCCUAUAAAGGAUACCAAAUAGAGACGUCGGCAAACACGGACCCCUGGAUAUACCAGAGACGGGACCAGGUGCCUAGGAGUAGUAAGCAUUCCCUGUCGACCGGUCACACCCGCCAUGAGCCUUAUAUCUGGAUCAGGUAAACGGAGUUAUCCGUAGUAAGAACGACCUAACAAUCGGAAUGAAACACGUCAAGCAGCAAUUGACCCAAUGAUAGGUUGUAUUGGCAAAUUAGAUUGUUAUAACGACCAUAGAAUUUGCGAAAUGCUGAUUUCAAACGAGACUGUUGAAACCUCUGCACCAUCAAUUUGUUCGUCAGUAGCCUGCCUCGAUUUAAAAGCUGAUUAUACACAGAACAAGAUCUUGCGUAUCGAAUCAGUUGAGAGAUAUAAACACCAUAUGCAGGUGAUAAUGGAAUACUGCUACAUAAAUAUGGAAAGUUGACGAUAGAGAAGCCGAAAUCAUCCCGUUUACCACGAGGUUGAGUUAUUAGUUUGCUGUUAAUAUCUAUUUUCUAUACAAUAUCUAAGUAUGAAGCAGAAGUGGACGACUCUGUGGUGUCUUUUAUUUCGAGUUCACAAGGAUAUACCGAAUUGACAUACAUUCUGCGUCAAUGAAAACUAACACCAGAUAUUCAAACAUUUCAUGAAGUUCUUCUCGGUAACAUAGUACAUGUGGCUGUUUCGUUUAAUUUACUAUGAAUUACCAAUGCAUGCUAGAAAAUAUUUUUUUAAAUUAUCCACUAUUGAUAUUCAUUAUCAUUUUUAUUAUCUUUACUAUAGAAUAUACUCAAUUAUUAAAAUAUUUAUAUUG